AUGUUGUCGCAUCUGUGGCUAAUCGUGGGCCUACUGCCAGCGGUGGCCUUAGCCGCUCUGCAGCCGGUAGAACUAAACGAGAUGACACCAUUGGCGGCAGCUGCCAUGGACCUGAUGGAGAAGGAAGUGAGUCCCACCCAAACCACCUUGGGGGUGAUAGAGCUGAUUGCGGAGGGCCGGAAUGGCGGUGGCCAUCGAGACCACCAUCAGCAGCAGCUGCUCACCUCGCUCCUGCUGCUGACGGGCACCUCGAUGGCGCUGCGGGUGUAUCAAGAGACCCCCAACACGUUACCAGCGUCCCAUGUUCUCAUUCUGGUGAACUCGGCGGAGGCCUUUCGAUCGCUCAACAUUCUGGUCAGCAAAGCGCCACAGAGACAGGAGUUCAACUUCCUCAUUUUGCUGACGCGAAGCCAGGGCACGAGGGAGAAGAGAGUGGAGGCAAUGCGGGAUAUAUUUACGACCUGUGUGCGUCUACACACAAUGAAUGCCAUCAUGUUGACGCAGCACAACGACGGAGUGGUGUUCAUAUAUGGCUAUCGACUGUACAACAGGGACUGCAAGCUCACCAUGAACCUGCAGCUGGUCAAUCAGUUCGAAAACGGAUCGUUUCGGCACGAGACGAGCCGCAUCUUCGACCGGGUGUUGGGCAGCCUCGCCAACUGUCCCAUCAGGGUCAGUUGGUAUCCGGUGCCGCCUUUUGUUCACUUUCUGGGCGACAUGGACGAUCCCGAGGAGCGGAAACAGUUGUGGCGGCUAAGCGGGAUCGAUGGUGAGCUUAUCAAGCUGCUGGCCGAGAUCUUUAAUUUUCGCAUCCAGCUCAUGGCGCCGUGCAAAAAGCAACCGAUCUGCAACGGCAGCUACGUCAGCUGCGACAGCUGCUUCGAUCAGCUAAACAACCGCAGCUCCUCGGCGCUGAUUGGGGCAAUGAGUGGCUCGCACGCGAACAGAAAUCAGCUCACCACGACCGUCUCCUACCACCAGAGCUCCCUUGUGUUUGUGGUGAACAUGAACUCCCAGAUAGGGGCCGUGGAGCAGCUGCUGGUGCCCUUCUGCACGACUGUGUGGCUGGCUCUGGUCGUAAGCUGCAUCCUCGUUGUGUUCGUUAUUUGGUUGUGGCGCAGGCGCAAAAAUGACUCCGAUAUUGCUGUCAAGUCGCUGGUCGUGCUCACCACGCUGCUGGGCAAUCCACUGGUGGUGGGCCAGCUGCCGCCGACUAGUAAUCGGCGGUUCUUAUACUCCGUCUGGCUGUUCCUGGUGCUGGUGCUGAGGGUCGCCUAUCAGGGUAAGUUGUAUGACUCGUUCCGCGAGCCGUACAACCCGCCCCUGCCCGGCCAUAUAUCCGAGCUGAUUGCCGCCAACUACACGCUGCUCAGCCAGGAGUACUACGACUACUAUCCGCGCAACCAGACCGUUCUCCUGCCGGUAAGCAUUCAGGAACGCUUCGAUCGCAUCCAGAAGUUUGGCGAGGACGAACGCCUCACCACAACCGCCCUGAUCGCGAACCUUGGCUAUAACAACAUGAUCAACUGGCGGACCAGCCACCUCACCCACGUCCGGGAGCACAUCUUUCUCUACCAGCUGGUCAUCUAUCUGCCCGUCAACUCUCUGCUGAAGUUCGCCUUCGACCGGAAGCUCAAGCAGCUGCAGUCCUCGGGAAUCAUUGGCUACAUCGUUCACGAGUUUGAUCGACCCCAGAACUGGGUGCCACAAAGGGCCGCCCACGAGGUCUCUCCCCUGCCGCUUGAGGUAUUCUGCGGCCUUUACUUCAUCGGCUCCAUUCUGCUGGGUGCCGCUGUCCUGGCCUUUCUCCUGGAGCUCCUCAGUGUGCGCGUAGCCUGGCUGAGGCGUUGGCUCUUCUAG